AUGGCCAUUUCGAGAGGAGAUGAUCAGCAUGUACGGCAAGUGUUGGCCAAGCUCUGGGAACACAACCUUUAUGCAAAGCUUGAGAAGUGUUUCUUCAAUCGGGAUUCCAUUGAGUAUCUGGGGUAUAUUGUGUUUCCACAAGAGGUUGCAAUGGAUCCUGCAAAGGUAAAAAUGAUCCAAGAAUGGGAGGUGCCGAAGAUUGUCACUGACGUGCAGUGUUUUCUUGGUUUCACUAACUUUUACCAUAAGUUCAUUGACGGGUACUCUGACUUGGUGUUGCCAUUAACAGCUCUGACCCACAAGGACGUGCCAUUCGAGUGGUCCCCAGCUGCCUAA